UAAAUCCGAAAACCAAAACUCAAUUGGAUAAAACCGAAAUUCGAUUGGGAUCCCGAAUGUCCAGACCUAAAUUAAAUAAUAAAAAUAUUGAUCAAAACAGAAGUUCGGAUCACAAAUAUUUUUAAAAUCUCGGAUAUUCUACGUAGUAGCGAAACAAAUUAAAUAACAAAAAAUUGAUUAAAACAACAGCUAUGGUAUAUUAAGACUCAGAUUAUGGAAAACAAGCAUAGCUAGCAAACAUUGUCACUAGUAUAUACAGAAACAAAAAGGGAAGAAAAAUGGUAUCUAAUAAUUGUCCUUACAUUGGUAUUCUCUACGCUUUUGAAUUCUGAUCUAAUUGUCAAUAUGAGGAAAUUAUUCAAAAGUAAAAUUACUUGUAAAAACAUUAAUCCAGAUAAGCAUCAGGAACCGUUACUCUCCAUCCAUUAUGAUAUAUGGUUCUACUGGUACUGAUGAUGGUCUACUUUUAUCGUUGUCAAAGCUUGAAUAUCGACUAUAAAAAUUUCAAGAAAAACGGUAUAACUUGUCAAAGCUUAUCCAUAGUUUUAUAAAUGUCGAAGGGGUGUAUUUCAAACCCGUUAGUCAAGGUUUUCGACUUUGAAUUUGCAAGCGUUCACCGACUACACCGACUCUACAAAUUGGACUCGGAUUCCUAAAGAUGAGCAUAUCAAAUAUAUCACAACACUGCAAAGGUAGAAAGGGGAAGCAAAAUGUCGUCCGAAUGUCCUGGUAAAAUUUUAAAUUGUUACGGCUUUACUUAAGCAGACUAACCGCUCCUUUUGCACCAUGCGCGUGUAACAAAAAAUGGUACACCUAACUCAAUAGACACCACGGUGUGCUUUGAGACUAAAACGUUAUUUUUGCCUCUUUGUUAAUUAGUAGAAACCAAGUCCAUGUAAUAUGAAAAUACCAACGAUUAAUCUAAUUAUGCUCUUAAGUUGGACAAAUUCGAUAAGACGUCUGGCUGUUUCUUAUUCGAAGUUUAAAUAACGAUUUUUUGUUCAAAAAAAAAAUAACGAUUUAUUUGUUUUCAUUCUUCUAGAAAAUAAUUAAGUUUAUGAUAUAAAUCUUGAGGACAAUAAGAAUUUGAAGUCUCUUCUAUGAAAUCGGUUUAUAUAGAGAUAUAUUGUAUGGCCAAGCCAUAUUGGUGAUUUUUCCCCUCUCCAUGUUGAUGUUUCAUUUAUAAUUUCAACUAGAUUUUGACCAGCGCUUCGAAAGCGCGGGUUCUUCUUUGGAUUAUAAACAAAAUUUGUGAAUUAGUAUUUUAGAAUUGGCGUACAUUAUUCUCUUACAAAGUCAUUAUAUCGAAGAAGGGCACUUGUUUAAAAUUAUAUAAUUCGUGAAUUUGUUUAUAUAAUAUUUUGUAUGUACACUAUUAUAUAACUCUUUUUAGUCUUAGAUGUUUCACCGGAUCCGAAAAACCAUACCAAAAUCAACAAAAAAAUAUAGUUGGGUUUGGAUCAAGGGCAAAGUACAUAUUUGAUUUUUUCUCCGACUUGCGGUCUUUGUUCGAUUCCUAGUUCUAUCUGAGAUCCAUUUGGGUAUUCAAAAUAUAUUAGUUUAUAUAAUAUUUGUAUGUACACUAUUGUAUAAUUCUUUUUAGUCUUAGAUAUUUCACCGGGUCCGAAAAACCAAACCAAAAUCAAUCAAGAAAUAUAGUUGUGGUUUGGGUUUGGAUUUAGGGCAAAGUACAUAUUUGAUUUUUUCGUCGACUUGCGGUCUUUAUUCGAUUCCUAGUCCUAUCCGAGACCCAGUUGGGUAUUCAAAGUAUAUUAAAUGUUUUAAGUAUAUUAGGUAUAUUUGAUUUUUUCAUAUAUGUAUUUGGUAUUUCGAUUGUGUUUUCAGUAUUAUGAAUAUUUUUUUAAGUUUCAGAUCCAGAUUUCCGAUUAUAGUUUCGGGUAAAAUUCAAGUUUUUUUGGGUAUGAAGAAAUGUUUUUAGGUAUCUUAGGUUCCUCAUGUCAUAUUUACCGUAAAAUUUGGGUUUUUUUAGGAAUUUAAAUAUUUUUCAGGUAUUUAUUUGUGUUUUCGGAUUUUUUUUGUGUUUCAGUAUUUUUUUAAUUUUUGGGUACUUCGAAUAUUUUUCGAGUCCUAAAAACCCCAAGCCAAUUUGGACCGUUACGUACCCAAAAACUAUAGGUAUUUUGUAGGUAUUUGAAUUAUGGACUUUGAUCCCAAAGAAAUCGACCCGAAUCCGAACCAGAAAAUUUUAAAUACUUAGAUCAAAAGGAACCGAUCCGUACCCAACCAAAAGACCCGAUGCCCAUACCUACUCUCUCACGUUAUAUUUUGUGUGCAUUUUAUAAGAGUUACAUUUGUUGAACUUGUGAGCCUUAAGAUUUACUUGGUUGAUUUUGGCUAAUUUAGUAGUAUAGAUUUGUAAAUUUUUUAAUAAUUUUUAAUUAGAUAUAUUUUGGCUAAUUUAGUUCAGUUAUAAUAAUUUUUUAAGCGCGGAUCAAAAUUCUGAUAACUGAACUAGAUUUUGGCUAAUUUAGUAGUAUACAAUGUUCAUAUCUCUUAAGUUGGACAAAUUCGAUAAGACGUCUGGCUGUUUCUUAUUCGAAGUUUAAAUAACGAUUUUUUGUUCAAAAAAAAAAAUAACGAUUUAUUUGUUUUCAUUCUUCUAGAAAAUAAUUAAGUUUAUGAUAUAAAUCUUGAGGACAAUAAGAAUUUGAAGUCUCUUCUAUGAAAUCGGUUUAUAUAGAGAUAUAUUGUAUCCAUAUUGGUGAUUUUUCCCCUCUCCAUGUUGAUGUUUCAUUUAUAAUUUCAAUAGGUUACUUUUACCUAAUAUAACCUGGGAGGCGUGGUCUAGGGGCAUAUUAUUUUGAUUAAUUCAAUAAAAAUCGAGAGAUUGACUUAUUUAGCUCUAAAAUAUCAAAUGUAAGUUACAAACCGAUCUAUCUAAUGUGGUUGCUUUGAGUGCUUGCAGUUGCAGGGAAGAACUCAUGGCCGGAGCUUGUGUUGGAAUAUACUCCGAGAUUAUAGGAGCUAAGGUUGGGUUGUUGAGUUCUGUUACGAUUGUAUAGGGACUUAGUUGAUAAGAGAUCCUUCUCUACUUGUAUAUAUACAUGUAAUGUGACUCAACGUGAUAUACAUAAAUAUUCUCAGCAUUUGCUUUCUUCUCUGUUCCUCUAUAUGGUAUCAGAGCACGAACCUUUUUUUUUUUCUAAAGAACCCUAAACCGAAUCGACAAUGUCGACAACCCCGACUGGAUCUCCUCCCACGAACCCGAUAACAACGGUAGUGAGGAGGACGAUUUCACCAUACGACUUGCACUCUGCGGACAAUUCUGGAGCUGUGAUUUCACAUCCUCUGUUGGUCACGAUCUAACGGCUACCAUUGAUGUUAUAUGCGGGAUUCAGUGAUCAAAAGAGAGAAUUCAGGUGUCAAUGUAGUCGUGAUUUUGGAUGGAAGUCCAGUGACUGGAGACCUCAGGUGCGACCGCGUAAGGGUUUGUGUUGAUGGAAAUCGUAUCGUCGUCCAAGUCCCUACCGCUGGCUAGAAUUGUAUACGAACAUUAUGUGUAAUAUAGACUUAAGUAUGUAGACAAUGUGUAGCUGGUUGGUACGAUAAUAAUGUAGUUUGCAUCACCUGCUUAAAUAGUUUGGGUGUUUGUUUCACUCAGUAUUACUUAUGACUUAUGUCUCAGUUAUAUCUGUAAACCAAGUAAUUUCGGUG